AUGGUUUCCAAGACUCUCAGCGAAGACGAGAUAAAGCUUUAUGACCGCCAGAUUAGGUUGUGGGGAAUGGAGGCCCAGACCCGAAUGCGUGGGUCACGGGUGCUUGUGGUGAACCUCACCAGCGUAGGUUGCGAGGUAGUCAAAAACCUUAUGCUCGGAGGCAUUGGGGCCAUCACUGUGAUUGACUCGUUCAAGGUGCUUGACCAGGACCUGAAUGCUAAUUUCUUCAUUGACAAAACUCAGGUUGGGCAGCCGAAAGUGCUUGCUGCCGAGGCCAGAAUUAAAGAUCUAAAUCCUCGGGUAAAUCUGACCGUGAGCACUGACGACUGGCAAGAAAAACCUGAGGAUUAUUUUCUAUCUUACAACCUGAUCGUUGCCACAGGGCUGGAUAAGACGCAACUAACCAGACUCAAUGCGAUCACAAGAAAACUAAAAAUCCCGUUCUACGCAACAGGCACACACGGUCUCUACGGUUAUAUCUUUGUCGACCUAAUUGAGCACGAGUCGUCUGUGAAAUUCGAGAAAAACCCUAGUCCAAAGAAGGUCGGCGCGCUCAACCCGACCUCUGAGAUUGUGAGUAUCACCGAGGUUGUGGAGAACGACGUCGAAUUGCAAAACUGCAUUGUCAAAAGCAGGUUCGUUCCGCUUUCUGAGUUAUUCAGCAACGACAACGAUAAGCUUAAGCAUUAUUUUCCUACGCCACGAAAGCUCAAAAAAAUAAGUCCCGUGCUGCCCAUUCUGCUUGCGCUGCUAGAGAUACCGUCGCAGAUAGGCAAACCGAUCGAAGAUGUCGUUAUCGACUCAAAGGAGCUCGAGUCGAAGGUGGCAGAGGUUGUCGGCCAUUUGAAGCUCCCUGAAGAAAUUAUCAGACCCGAGCUUGUGGAAAAGCUGGCACAGCAGGGAUUCUGUGAGUUCCAGCCCGUCAGCGCGAUUGUUGGCGGCGCGGUCUGCCGAUGA